GUGCGUGGUUGUUAAGGAACUGCGUCCCCGGUUGCUAUCAUGGGGGAACUGUACACAGAGCUGGAGCAGAAACGCGAACUUAUCGCCAUCAAACGACUUCUUCCCGUAGUCUUGAACUUUUCCCGGAGGAUAGGGCGUCAUUUACGGGGAAAACAUGUCACUAACUGGGAAAUGUCCACUCGCCGUUAAAACGGACGAGGGAAUUAACAUUUAACGCCGUGACGUAGUGAAAACUAGGCAGCGGUUCCAUUUUUUUUGCUCGGAGCUGGACCUGGACCUUUCUGUCGGUUCUUCGCAAAAAAAAAACAAGAGGAUGCAGGCUCUACAGGGAAACUUCUCCUAUCUCCUAAAUUCUAGGCUCGGAUCCGGCGGUAAUCUGGAGAACGACAGGCAGCAUUUGGUUCAGCAGCAGAAGUUGUGCAGAGCAAGAGCGCGAAAGUUUCUGCUGGAAACCAAUCGACGGAGAAAGGCUUUGGAUGAACGGCGGAGGCAAUGGGACAUUCAGGAGCAGCGCCUGAGGGAGAACAUCCUGCAACAACGUAGACAGCAAGUACAGGACGCAACCCAGCGCUUUCAGAGAGCCCACCUCCCUCCGUCUCACAGAUACAGGCAAACUGUCAGAAAAAAUGCAGCUAAUAUCGAAGAGGCACUCAGUCAAAUCCAAGGCUCGUUCAGUUGGUACACGCAGAACUCCUCUGCGCUGUCAAGCACAAACACUCGCAGUUGCCCUCUGUCUACAAAGCCUCCCACAGAUUCUAAAUCCUCUCACCGCCAAGCGCUCUCUGCCGUAGAGGCCUACACCAAACUGCUUCAGGAGCAGUGCACGAUGGAGGAGGAGCAGCAGGACCACAGUUCAGAGGGAAGCCAGCUGUCUGAUUCCUGUGUUUCUGAAAGCCUUUCAAGUAAGGACAGCUUGGAGAACGAAGACUCAAACCAAAGCACGCUAAGUCCAGAGAGCUCCUAUUCAUCGUUCUUUUUUGACAUCGACAAACCGGGAAGGCGAGAUGAUUUGCGUCCAACAUCAGUCCCAACGUCAGUCUCAGCAAUGAUGCUCCAUGAUCAAAUUCAAUCCCCACCAAAGCAAGAAAAACAAGAAGAUUCUAAGUGGACUAAUAAUGACAGGGUUGUUCCUAAAACGUCGAGGCUCUCACCUGAAAAGCAAACACCUACAAUAGAUAACCCCCUCACCCUUAAGGGCUGUGACUUGCUAAAAACUCUUUCCAGGCCUUUUCAUGGAGACUCAAAGCAUUUUCACGCAAAGUACUUGAUAAACAGCGACAACCUUUUGGCAAAGAAUAAAGCAGAGGUUUUGUAUACCGGAGAAGAGGCGUUGUUGGAUUCUGGAUCUCAGAUGAUCCACGACUGCAGCCAGUCAAACUAUCCAUCUGCACAAUGUGUUCCUUCCUCUUCUGAAAAUGACGUUCUAUUUCAGACGGCGACGAAAACGAGCACAGCCAAUAAUCACCCAAAGGAUGUAGCCUGUUUUCAAACAGAAAAAGAAGCCUUCCACCUCUCGUCGGAGAACGACGCCUUUGCUCCCAUUAAUAACCUCAACAAGGUCUCAAACUUAAUGUGCAAAACGGAGAAGCCCAUAAACACAGCACCACCAUCGCACACAAGCUCGUCUAAUAUUCAGUCGGAGAGAGAGAAGUGUGACGGUCCAAAAGAAGAAGACAAAAGAAUACCUAUUUCCCUGGCCUCCUCUCAUUCAGUUUGUGAUGUCAGGUUUCUCAAAGGAAUCCUCAAAACACGGUCCAAAUACACCUCAGACGAUUUGUGUUUGUGCGACUCGGAGCGUUUAAUGUUGGCAAAACACGUCGCGAUAGCGAUACGAGACAGCAUUGAAUUGACCAGAGCGAAAACAAAAGACGUGGCGGUCAGUAACACCAUGAAAAAGAAGCUUCGCUGGUUCGAUGAAGUCCAUCCAGAAAAGGAGGCCAAAGAGCAAAACACGGCAAAACAGGACAGAGACGCGUGGUACAGUCUGUCUCGCCCGACAAACAGCCCCAAGGACCACCAUCCGAGUCUCACAGUGGAGGCGGGGCCUUCAAAGCCUGGACCCAGAAUGACCCCCGUAGGCUCUGCUGGUUAUCACUUUACAAAAGAAGCGUGGACAGAUGUUGGGGUUCAAGUCAACUUGCCCCAGGAGCCGGCAGACGAGGUCAAGGCGCUGCGUACCGGCGCCAGGACCGCCGGGCCAAGGGUCCCUCGGAGAAAUCGUAAUGCCAGAGCUGUUGGGGGUCUCGUUUCCUUGCGGACAAGAAAGGGCACCGUCAUGCGACCUCAAUCUGCCACCGAGGUGAGUCAGAUUGCCAAAGCCCAGGGGAAGAUCAUGGUGCCCCGCCCACCUCCUCGGACGGAGCCGACGGAAGAAAACCCAGCCUGCGUCAGCAAGACCCCAUAUGGCAGCAGCCACCCCAGCAUCAACUACAGACAGGCCCUAGUUACAGAGGAGGCUCCCUGCAAGAACCACCCGGUGGAGAUUUUCUCACCUCACAAGCAUCAUUCAGUCGCAGCAGACUCCACAGCUAUGUACACGACGGCACCGCACUCAAAUCCCUGUCCAGUCUGCUCAUUCUCAGACAUUAAUGUGAAGGGCUCGCCCAGUUCAGAACACCCGGAGACUCACAACAACAACGACAGCAACAGCAGCAGAGGGACAGUGAAUGAGAAGGGCCUCUAUUUACACAGCACCCCCACAGACGAAGAGAUUUUACAGCUCUGGCACGGAGUCCGCAGCGCCUUAAACACGAAGGAUGUGAGAUAUCUUCUUUUAGCUAAACCUGUUGUUAAAAAGCCAGCCCUGGAGAGCAGGCGAGUCUGCAGGAAGUCCUGUGCUGAGCAGAGCAGAGAGCCUCCCGGCUCAGGAGGCAGCAGAAGACUUCUUCACAGCUCUCAGGUUACAAACCAGAACACUGAGCUAAUCAGACCAGGUCCAAGGACUUGCAACACAGUUUCUCGAAAUGAAGGUUGUGAGAGCGCGGCCCAGUUACACAUGGCUGAAGUGCAUCCUGAAGGCUUCGUUUGGCCGAGUCAGACUGCGGCCAACAUGGAGAAAGCCCAGACGCCUGAAAGAGUGCAGCAAGGACUCACCAACCUCUCUUUAGAAGAGAAGAGAAUAAUGCUCUCUCUGGACAGACUCAACCACCAGCUUUACUGUUUUAGGGAGCUUCAGGGAGGCAGAACUGGCAAUAAUGGUCAUCUAUUUAAUGGUACACCCUUUCCCAAAGACGGAAAAGUUUCCAGUAAUCACAAGCUCCGAGCAUCCUCUGCAAACCAGCUUCAUUUCCAGAAGAAAAUGUAACGUCUUAUUCUUCAGUCAGACACUAAUCGUAUUACCAAAAAUGUAUUUUACCAAAUGUGCCUAAGGGAGUUCUUCAAUAAACAAUUGAAUUCAAACAAAGGAGCAACAUUAAAUAAUAGUGACCAAUCUGAACCCUUGAUUUAGUUUGGGGUCAUUAAAAAAAAUAUUAUUUUUUUCUUUUAUCUUACAAUCAGCGAGUGAAAGUAAAUGCCUACGGCUAUGAAACGGAUUCACCUCUAAAAUCCCCAAACAGUAUGCACUCAUACCUUGCACACGACAGGCAUUACUUUCUAAACAUACAUACAACUAUCGGCAUUUGUAUGUAAUUCCCAGAGCUCUCGUGUUUAGCACCAUCAUUCGAAGGAAACAGUGUUAGUGACCCAGCUGACAGCUAAUUCAAUAAAACUUGUUGUCAACACAG